AUGAUUAGCAUCGCCUCGUCGAAGCCGUUCCGGUUUUCUGUUGGGCCGAACAAGCGUGAAUUCAACGUCCACUCAGCCCUUGUUGCGCGACAAUCUGGGGCGCUUGGCGUCCUGAUCAACAACACGAACUACAAAGAGGCUCGGGGUGCCCAUGCGGAACUGGAAGAUGUCGACGAGCAGACAUUCGUGUCGUUCAUCCAAUAUGCUUAUACCGACACGUAUACCGACACGUAUACCGACACGUAUACCGACAUUCCUCCCCCACCAACUGCGAAGGCGGAUUACGAUCCCCCCAAUUAUGACUCAGAGCAAUCCUCGCGGUUUCAUUAUGGCAGGAAGAAGAAAAAGGCUAACGCCAGGCUGUGGGAGAGGUUCAAGAAGCAGGCGUCGCAGGGUUGCCCAAGCGAUCCGCCGCCGAUUCCCACCAUGUCCGGCCCGGGUUCCCAGCGAAGCGGCGCAGAGUCCUUCCUCCAUCACGCCCGUGUCUAUGUCUUUGCUGACUACUACGGAAUCUCGAGGCUGGCGGAGAUGGCGUUGUACAAUCUCGGGCAGGCUCUGGUUGGCUUCAAUCUGCGGGACAAUAAUGUGGAGGAGGUCGUCGAGUUGCUGAAAUUCUGCUACGAGGAGCCCAGGCCCGACCAGCUGAGGUCCCUGGUGCUGUUGUACGCGGCUUGCAAGGCGGAGAAGCUGUGGAAGAGUGCCGGCUUCCAGCAGCUGGUGGGCAAGACUGGGGAUCUGUCGACCGAUCUCAUUGGGCGCUUGAUGGAUAGGUUGGACUGA